UCUUACAGAUAUUCCUCCUUGCACUCGAACCCUUCUUACUUGAAAUGGCUUGUAUUUGACUUUAACUCAUAUACCCAACCUAUCGCACGAGCUGCAAUCUUUUGUUGGAAACUUGUUGGAAGCAUUUUAAGCAUUUAGGUUUUCAACUUCAAGUUCUCAGUAGGCUUUCACAAAGCAAAAAUAGUUAAGCUUUUCUGUAGCUCCUGUCUGUCAGUAUGUCAGGCUUCGGGUGGGGCAAGUCAAAGCGGUUCACCAUUGAAGAUGCGUUUGAAGAGGAACCAGAGGACGCCAUCCGCGUGUACGGCUCCACCCUGGAGUCUCGGCCUCUGAAUGCUGCUGACAAGUAUCGGGUGCGGGGCCCACCGCCGCCAGCUGGCAGGGAGGCGCUGCCACCGGCUGCCCUGCGCGACCCCGCCAUCCAGUUCAUGCCAGAUGGAAAGCCGCUCAACCACUCGUUGGAUGACAGCGUCUCGCACGACAGCGAGUCGCUGAUCGGAGGACAGGGCUCGGUGGACGGCCUGCCCACCGCCGACGGUCGCCACUGGUGGACCCACCCCAAAGUGCGCGACAACAAGAAGGUGGUCAUCUGCGCCUUCGUGCUCAUGGUCGUCGGUCUCCUGCUGCUGGUGACGGGGAUCGUCAUCGCCGCCGUGCCGAUCGCCGGCUUCCAGAGCUUUGUGUUCGUCAUGGCGGGUCUGCUGUGCUUCAUCCCGGGCGCCUACCACAUCGCCUUCGUCUACCUGGCCGUCAAGGGCCGCCGCGGCUACAGCUUCCACCAGCUGCCGCUCUUCAACUGAGGCCGCCACCGUCGCCCGCCGGUGUGUGGCCGCGCUGGCGCUGUUAGUGAUAUUAGUGUGACUCGGCAGUGUGAGGGACGUACGCAGCUGGCGGUGUCGUCUUGUCUGUGGUCACUGUCACCUGGCACUGCGUGUGGCGGCGACACUGACACACUCUGCCCGGCCGCCGCGCGAGCUCGGGCCCGCCGCCGGCCUCUGAACGGAUCUCGGCUCUGCUGUGAUGGGGCUCACCGGUCUGUCAUAUUCGGCUCACGGCCGACUGAAGGGACACCGGCGCCGAUCAUGUGAGUGAGAGGGUAUGCUCUGAGAGAAGGAGCGAGAGAAGAGUACGUCGUUCUCACAAGGAAAGGUGGUGACUCACGUUCGGGGCAAAUUUGGGAAUAGUGUGCAGUGAAGAAACGUAGCCAGUCGUCUGUUCCGCUUGAAAGCGACCCAUUCCCGUAUAAAAAGACAAGUCGAAUCUCUGGUGAUGCCAUUCUCUAGAUUCUUGCCGGUGCUGCUGUGUUUGCUCUCGUGGGCCGUGGUUGCUACGUUCGUGGUAUAGUAUUCGCUGCAGCUACUGUCGCUGCGGCAUUGCCGAACCCUGUGUGACUGUGUGUACGAAUCUCGGCGCGGCGGCGCGCUGCGAAUCUUCUGUGAUGACGCGUAGAUCUAUUUAUGGCGGCUGGACCGGCUCCCCGCUGUGGGAAUGUCCCGCAGUGAGCGCGACUGACGGAUGUGUGCACUACUUAGCGCGGUUUCGUUGAGCGGCCCGUGUUGUCCGGCGGCGCCACCCGUCUCCAGACGGCUGGGGUCGUGCGAUAAUGGACUGGUGGUCGCGACUGGGCGGGUCCGCCCAGCGCCAACCCUCGGUCCGCCGCGGUUGGAGUGUGUGUCUAGUCGGAUUGUCUGUGGUACGAUACGCGGCCCCGCAGGCCGCCGGGCGGGGUGGGACCGCAGACUGACACCAGUUUCUCUCUACUUACCUCGCCGGACGCUGUAUCCGUCCCUAGCAAUGUGCCACAGCUGUGAGUGUCGGUGUAUUGCUGUGACUGUCGCAUUUCCGCGUUCUGUCGGCCCCCUCGCCGAGUGAAACAGACGAACCUGGGCUGGCGGGAGCUGUACUCGUUCCACCCGAAUUACCAUUCCAUAUCGUAACGGAUUUAGGACAGGUCGCUACCGACAUUCCAUGUGCCCGUGACGCUCCCGUCGCUUGAAAUACAAACCACUUGGCACUUAGAUACCUAAGCAGGAUACACCGGUGUGAUUGAGCCCAACGCUGGCUUCCCCUCUGUCAGUUUCCGCUCGACGUCAGUAACCCGUGGGCACCAGGUCUGUCAGCUGUCGAUACCUACCACAGAUAUUGACGCGUGUUUUAUCCACGGCCAGCGUGUGUUCGUGUGUGCCCGGCUCUGCCGACCUCUGUCAGCCUGUGUGCCCGUUCACUUGGUGUCUCUGCUCACCGGGCUCUGUUUGUCUCGAUGAACCGCGGGCCACUCUCACUGUGUUCGCUCACUGGGUGUCUCAAUGAUCGUCCCAGCCGCUGGUGGAGGCGGCCUUGGACAGCAUUUCGUCACCGCUUAUUUCACAUAUUAUGCAUCGGCAGAACAUUGCGAUUAUGGGCUCAGUUUUCGUAGGUGUUUAGUACAUGAUUAUGUCGGCAUUUAUCUGUGAUGGAAAGCAUGCCAUGUAUUGUGUAGACUAUUUUGGAUGUUAUCGUUUUAGUGACUGCAAUAUAUUUGUCAUGUAUUA